GGCUACUGUAUGCCAUCAUUUGAGAGAGACCAUAGUUCUUCUUUUAAGGUCAUAUUUGGCUAGAGGAAUGACUCCUAGUUGGUUAAACUCUAAGGAAGAUGGGGCAAGCUUUGUGUUGCAUUCAAGUAGAAGAAUCAACUGUGGCUAUCACAGAACCCUGUGGGAAGUGCAAACAUGUGCUUAAGCCUGGUUACCAUUGUUCACCAUGGUGUUUUGGAAGACAAUUAGCUGGUAAACUUUCCUUGCGUGUGCAACAGCUGGAUGUUCGUUGUGAAACGAAAACCAAGGAUAAUGUGUUUGUUAAUGUGGUCGCUUCAAUUCAAUACAGAGCCUUAGCUGAAAAGGCGUUAGAUGCUUUCUCUAACCGCAGCGAUAUAAGAGCUUGGAUCCAAUCCUAUGUCUUUGAUGUUUCUGCUGUCAAUUGUACUGUUGAAGUUUCUGUUAUCUCUAGUUAGGAUAUGUUUCAUUCCCUACUAUGGUGUUUUUAGUUAGUUAGGAUGGUACUUCAUUUGUAUGAUGAAAAAAGAACUUCAGAAAGGGCAACCUUGUGGAAACUAAGGAUAAAAUGGUCAUCUAUUUGUAAUAUGCUUUAUUGGGUGUGUAAUUUAGAAUGGUUUGUGGGACUGAAAUUGCUCGUUAUCAUGGGAUGUGCUAUCUGAUGAGUGCAUAGGAGGGUUAUGAUUUAUGAAGAUAAAAGAUUAAUGGUCAU